ACUAAGUAAAAAAUACGAAGGAAAUAACAUUCACACGCUUGUUCGCUAUUUCUUGUUUUGUCCUACCAGCCAUUACGACAAUCUACAGCUAGCUAGUAACGCAAGAAGCAAGAGUGAGCUAUGCGCUUGUUUUAAUUUAGUAGUAAGCGACUUAAACAUUACUAAGUGGACUGACGGCAUAAAGAUGGCUCAGUGGGACAGACUGAGGCAGCUAUCUGCUACGUACAGACAGCAGUUGCAUGAGCUCUAUGACAGAGAUGCUUUACCUAUGGAUGUUCGACACUACCUGUCUGCCUGGAUAGAGAAGCAGGAGUGGCAGCGGGCGGCGCGGGACCAUGGCUUGGCUGUGGUACUGUUACAGGUCCUGCUAGAGAAUUUGGAUAUCCAACACAGCCGCUUUGUUCAGGAGGAGUCAUUCUUAUUGCAGCACAACAUUAGGCGCUACAAACAGAACUUUCAGAGGUACCUUGAAGACCCCUGUGCCUUGGCAAGCACUGUCCUUUGGUUUUUGGAAAAAGAGAAGGAAAUCCUGCAGAGUGCCGAUCUGGCAGAACAGGUCCAGUUUUUGCAUGUAGAGCAGGAAGCCAUGGAGACAAGCAGCCAGCAGGACCUUGAACGUAAAAUGGCAGGCCUCAGGAAUGAAGUGCAGUGCAUGGAACAUACAAUGAUAUGUCUGGAGGAGCAGCAAGAUGAGUUUGAUUUUAAAUACCAAACUCACAAGAUGGAAGCUGUGACAGAUGAUCCUGUAAAGAAAGCUCAAAUCACAGUUCUUCAGUCACUUGUCAACAAACUGAAUGAGUGUAGAAAGAGCACACUGACAGACCUAAAUAAGCUUCUGGACAAGACCGAAGACCUGAUCGACAUAUUGGUGAAGAAGGAGUUGGUGGAGUGGCAGAGGAGGCAGCAGAAAGCCUGCAUUGGUGCUCCAGAUGAUGUGUGCCUGGACCAGCUAGAAAAGUGGUUCACCUGUGUGGCGGUGUGUCUUUUCCAAGUGCGGGAGUUUCUUAGUAAGCUGGAGGAGUUGGUAGGAAAAGUGUCCUAUGAGAACGACCCUAUUAAGGCCAAGAAACCUGCACUGCAGAGGAGAGCAGAUACUCUCCUGAAAGAUUUACUCAAGAGUUCCUUUGUGGUUGAGUCUCAGCCAUCCAUGCCUCAGGGGAAAGGAUCUCUGGUUCUCCGCACAAAUGUCCAGUUCUCUGUCAAGACCAGACUUCUCAUUAAGUUUCCUGAGCUGAACCAUUCCAUGAAAGUGACUGUAUCCAUGGAGAGGGAGGCUCCUCAGAUCAAAGGAUAUCGGCGUUUUAAUGUCCUGGGGACUAAAGUCAAGGCCUUGAACAUGGCGGAGAGCCAGAGUGGAGGCAUGGUGGCUGACUUCAGACAUCUGACUCUGAAGGAGCAGAAGUCUGGAGGUGGCAGCAAAGGAGUCAGUGAUAUUCCUCUCACUGUUACAGAGGAGCUGCAUGUCAUCCACUUUGACACUGUAUUUGAGCUGAAGGACGUGUCAGUUGAGUUGCAGGCCUCCUCCCUCCCGGUGGUCAUUAUCUCCAACUCUAGCCAGCAGCAGAGUGCCUGGGCGUCUAUCCUCUGGUUCAACAUGCUCAGUCAGGACACCAAGGAUGUCAUGUUCUUUGCCAACUGUCCUGCAGCCACUUGGCCGCAGUUUGGAGAAAUGCUGAGCUGGCAGUUUUUUGCUGCCACUAAACGUGGUCUGAAUGAUGCUCAGUUGGAAAUGAUUGCAACCAGACUCUUUGGACAGCAGCUGAACUAUGACAACUGCAAAGUGACUUGGUCAAAAUUUAGCAAGGAGAAUGGUCCUGACACUUUCUGGGUGUGGUUUGAUGGCAUCUUGGUGAUGGUGAAAACAUACCUUGAAGACCUGUGGAGGGAAGGCCUCAUCAUGGGUUUUGUGAGCAAAGGCAAAGAGAAGUCUCUCCUGAAGAAAAAGCAGAGAGGCACAUUCUUGUUGCGCUUCAGUGAAAGUGUCAUUGGAGGAAUCACUUUCUCCUGGGUGGAAAACACUGCAACUGGUCAGCCUUACGUAAAGACAGUCCAGCCCUUCACUAAAGUUGACCUUAUCCAGAUCCCCUUCCAUGAAAUCAUCAGGAAUUUCCAGAUCUUAGAAGCUGAAAAUAUCCCAGAAAAUCCUCUAAUUUAUCUGUAUCCCCACAUCCCUAAAGACGAGGCUUUCGGAAAAUACUACUCGGACAAGAGUGGAGAUGAUAAUCCUUACAUCAAGUACAUCAAGACCAAGCUGAUGUUUGUGUCAAAGGAGAACACACUGGAGGCUAGGCCACACAUGUCCUCUGACAUGGCACAGGGCGAAGGCCUGGAGCCAGUGAAUGGCCUGUGUGGAGAGGCAGCUGAACACAACGGGAGCCCUCAUCCUCUGGAUUCGGCUAUGGAAACCUAUCACACUGAUCCCAUGCUGUCUGAGUCUGUGGUAGCCCCACAGGAGGAUUUAGUGAUUUUUCCCCACAACUCCAACAUCUUAGUUGACUCUAGCAUCUUUGAAGAUGAGCCAGAGCUGCCUGAUUUCAAUUUUCCAGAGUUUAAUUGCCUGCCCCUACAACCCUGUGGAAGCAUUUUCCAUUAAGCAUCUGUUCUGUAUGUUUAACCAAACCACUGUAUUAUCAGCUUUGCUCUCAGCUACUUACAUCACAGCAUCUGUCAUGUUAACAUAAUAGUUUGCUUCGUAUACUGUUUUUAUUUGAAAUUCUUGACAGCACUUCUGAAAUUGUUAGUUCAUAUUUUAGAACAUUUUUUCAGUCUGUAUCCAGUGUUCAUGUGAAUCUUUAAAUCAUUAUGAUAUAAGAUUUAUAAUUCAUUUUCAUUAUGUUAAUUACUGUUUAAAAUCAUUUUGAAAGACUGUCUGCACAAUGUGGACAUAAUUGAAUAUACUGAAAUCAUAUCCAUUCCAUUGGUGUCCCAGUCACCUGUACUAGACCCCUUAACCAUUGUGCAUCAUAAAGGCAAGAAAAAAGACUAUUAAAGCUGGUGGGAAAAUGCUUAUAUGAGGUGUUGUAGGGUACAUUACACAGGCUGCACAUAAUUUAUUGUUGUUUUUUUGUGAGACCCUUUGUGUUUUUCUAUGUUCCUAGCUACAGCUUGUGAUGAACUGUUUUCAUAAAACAUGGCACUUCCUCCUUAUAAUGUAUGAUUUUAUGUUAACCUGCUCAUUUAAUUAAAUGGAUAUGAGCGA